AUGCAUCUUUUGGAUCAAAAAACUCAGAAUGGAAUUAAGGAUGUUCAUUAUUUUAAAACGACAUCUAAUAAGCAAUCUUUCGUUAUUGUUUAUGUCAGUGUUUUUAUUAUGACAUAUUGUAUUUCAUUAGAAUCACAAACAACAUCUAAUUUAAUUGUUCCUGCAACCUCAUAUUUUGGUAAAAACUCGUUAAUUCCUUUAAUUAAUACAAUCAAUGGAGUUUUAUAUGCUGUUGUGAAACAACAAAUGGCAAAAAUGAGUGCUGUGUUUGGGCGAAUAGAAGGUUUUUGUUUUUCUCUUUUGCUAUAUGAUAUAGGAUGUAUAAUGUAUAUGAUGAGCACAAAUAUUGUUACAUUCAUUAUAUCAUCUAUACUUCAUACAAUUGGUAGCACUGGUAUUCAGAUUCUUCAACAAAUUAUUAUUGCUGUAGAUAUAUCUAAUUUCUUAAAUCGAGGACUCUUGAAUAGUAUACUUGAUGUUCCUCUUCUUAUUAAUGUUUGGGUGGGUCCGAGUUUGGCACAAAGUAUUUAUUUGCCAGAACCAGCUAGUGAACAAUGGAGAUUGGGCUACGGUAUAUGGGCAGUAGUUCUUUCUCUAGGUUCCCUUCCAAUAAUUAUAGUAUUGUAUUUAGGUCAAUUCAAACCCAAGGGAAUACACAUGUUGUCUUUAGAGAAUAACGAUGGAUCAAUAACUCUUUCUAUAAAAAAAAUUUUUAUUGAACUUGAUCUUAUUGGAAUUAUAAUACUAUCUUUUGGACUUAUCAUGCUUUUGUUUCAGCUAAUUCACGAAUUUCCUAUUUUUUAUGAUAUUAAAUCAUUAUAUAUUGCUACAAUAUUUGUUAUAGUAACUAUUCUAUGUGUAAUAUUUCCUUUAUGGGAGUUUUUUUUUGCAAAGUAUCCAAUUUUCGAUAUCAAUUCGUUUAAGUUGGGAAUGAUAGGGUCUGGCUAUUUUUCAUCCUUCUUUUAUUUUAUGGGGUUUUAUCUUUACAAUAAUUACUUCAGCACUUAUUUAUAUGUUACUAAAUCUAAUUCUAUUAAAAGAGUUGGGUAUCUAAAUAAUGUGUUUUCAUUUACUUCAACUAUUGUUGCUAUAUUUGUUGGUAUACUUGUUAAAUAUAAUAAAAGAUACAAUUUUUUUAUCUAUAUUGGAUCUCCGAUUUAUAUGAUUGGGAUAAUAUAUAUGAUAUAUAAUCUCAGAAUUGAUGAAUCUGUAGUAGAAAUGACUAUUUCUCAGGCUAUAAUUGGUAUUAGUGGAGGAAUUUAUAAUAUGUCUGCUUUAAUUGGAAUUCAAGCACUAUCAUGUCGUCAACAAGUUGUUGUUAAUACUGCAUUGUUUCUAACGUUAGCAUCACUAGGUGGUGCAAUCGGGUCUGCAAUUUCAGGUAUUAUGUGGUCUAGUCUUCUCCCAAAGAUGUUAAAGUUUCAUUCUAAACGCUUAAAUAUAUUUUUGACUUCUAGUGAUUAUUCGUUAAUUAUUGGAAGUCCUUUUAUUCUUGAUCAAUAUCCUAAAUUUGUUAGAGGUACAUUGGAGAGAAUGACUAUUAUUUUAGCAUACAAUGAUUUAAUGAAAUUUCUUUAUAUUUGUUCUGCUAUGUGUGCUAUUCCAAUGUUGUUUUGUGUAAUGUUUAUGAAAGAUAUUCAUCUUUAUAGAACUAAGCAAAAAAUUUACGAUAAUAAUCUAUACAAGCUUUCGAAUGAGUUGAAGUAA